AUGGUCCCGCGUGAUUUAAAGAUCGCUAUCCUUGGCGCUGGAAUGGGCGGCCUAACAUCGGCUCUCGCCCUAGCCGAAAAGGGCUUCAAGCACAUCGACGUCUACGAGUCCGCAUCGGACCUGGGCUUCGUAGGCGCGGGCAUCCAGCUCGCGCCGAAUAUGGCUCGUGUCCUGGAUCGUCUGGGUGUCUGGAAGGGGAUUGAGGCCGAGGCCGUCAAUAUCGAGGAAACGAGUGUCAGAGCCGGAGCCGGAGACACGGAACUUGCGCACGUCGACCUCAAAUACAUCGAGUCCAUCUAUGGCUAUAAGCACAUGGUCGGCCACAGAUCGUCGCUCGCAAACGGCCUGUACCAAGGCUGUCUCAAGCACGCCGACAAAAUCACCUUUCACUUCUCCACCACCGUCUCAGAAGUCAUCUCCUUCACCCCCAAACCCACAUUUACCGUAACCCCCCGCGACACAACCAAGCAACCCUACACAGAAAUAGCAGACGUCCUCCUCGGCGCGGACGGGAUAAAAUCCCUCACGCGCGUUGCCAUGCUUUCUGCCCUCCAAAUCUCCUCCGCCGUUAAGGACACCCACCAAGCCGCAUACCGCAUCAUGAUCCACAAGGACCAAGCCCUAGCCGCCGACGACACGGAGCUCCUUUCUCUAAUCGAGAGCAACAAAGUCAUCCGCUGGAUCGGCGAAAAGAGACACAUAAUCGCCUACCCAGUCUCCAACAACACAAUCUACAACCUCUCGACCACGCAGCCCGACACGAACUUCGCAGCCGCAACAAACGCAACGUACACGACCAAAGGGUCCAAGAGCGCAAUGCUCAAUGUCUUUGCGGACUUUUGCCCGCUCGUCCAACGUAUGCUGAACUAUGUGCCCGAGGGCGAAGUCUGCGAGUGGAAGCUCCGUGUCCACGAACCGCUCCCUACGUGGAUUCACGGCUCAGUCGCCCUAGUCGGAGACGCGUGCCAUCCGACCCUCCCGCAUCUAGCGCAGGGUGCUGCGCAGGCUAUUGAAGAUGGCGCGGUUAUUGCCGUUGUUCUCUCGAGGCUCCCGUCUACUGAUCCCGAGAGCAUCAACAAGGCGCUGAAGGCGUACGAGAAGGUGCGCAAAGACCGAGCGUAUGCGCUCGUCGAGCUUGCGGCAGCCAGUGGGCGGGCGCUGCACCUGGGAGAUGGAGCGGCCAAGGCAGAGCGCGAUAAGCAGUUUGCGGCGCUCAAGGGAGGAAAGGGACCUGUGCCGGACAAAUGGGCGGAUGCGGAUGUGCAGAGGGAGAUAUAUGGGUUCGACUGUGUGAAGGAGGCGGAGGAGAGGUUUGAGGAGUAUUUUACGUCUGCCCGUGAGACUAAAUUGGCAUGA